AUUCUUUACUUUAUUUCGGAGUCUCUUGUCGUUUGUUUGUUUCGUUUCUUAUCUACUGCACCAUCUCUAUGGCUGAGUGCUCCGGCUCCGAGCAGCGUCAUCGGCGGCAGCCUUCACCGUAGUGGAGAUGCGGUCAUGGAUAAGGCUAGGCUUAGUGUUUUUUUUUUUUUGGUUUGGCGAUUUAGAGAAAGAAAAAGGAAACCGCCGACAAGGUUACGGCGACGGGUUAACGGACGAUAAUCGGCGAUAACGCCGCCGUCGAUAGCUCUGUUUGGGCCGAGUAGUGUCGCGGUGAGUGGUGGACUCUCUCGCGAAGAAGAAUCUGAAUAGGCAAAUUGAUUUCAGGGUAUAUCCUACCACUAGGGUGUAGUCUUUGCAACUCAUCGUAUCAGGAUCUUCAUUCACAUACAGAAGAAUGGCCACCAAAGAAAAUAAUGAAUUGGUAAUAGGGAUCGACCUUGGCACGACGUAUUCCUGUGUUGCAGUAUGGCGGCACGAACAUAAUAGAGUGGACAUUAUCCCUAAUGAUCAAGGCAACAACACCACCCCUUCGUGUGUUGCUUUUACGAAUUAUGAAAGGUUGAUAGGAGAUGCUGCUGCAGAUCAAGCUCCCAUCAAUCCAGAGAACACCAUCUUCGAUGUUAAGAGGUUGAUGGGUAGGAAAUACACUGACUCAUUGGUUCAGGAAGACAAAAUGAUGUGGCCAUUUAAGGUGGUUGCUGGUGUGGAUGACAAACCAAUGGUUGUUGUCAAAUAUAAGGGUGAGGAAAAGAAGUUUUAUGCAGAGGAAAUAUCAUCGAUGAUACUGUCAAAGAUGCAGACCAUUGCUGAGGCAUACAUGGGAAAGCCUGUGAAGAAUGCGGUGGUUACGGUACCUGCAUAUUUCAACGACUCUCAGCGCAAAGCUACUAUUGAUGCUGGUGUUAUUAUCGGUCUGAAUAUUGUUCGGAUAAUCAAUGAACCAACUGCUGCAGCCAUCGCAUAUGCUCUUGACAAGAGAAAUGAUUGUAUUGGAGAAAGAAAUAUUUUGGUAUUUGACUUUGGAGGAGGUACAUUCGAUGUAUCUCUCCUGACCAUUGAGGGUAAAGUCUUUCGAGUUAAGGGGACUGCAGGAAAUUCUCACUUGGGUGGGGAAGACAUCAAUAAUAGGAUGAUGAAAUACUUUGUGGAGGAAUUGAGAACAAAAAAUAGAGUCGAAAUAAGUGGAAAUUCACGAGCCCUGAGGAGGUUAAAGAGUGCUUGCGAGAGAGCAAAGAGGCAUCUCUCAUAUGCCAUUAAAACAGACAUUGAGGUAGAUGGUUUAGUUAGAGGAUUUGAUUGGCAUGCUUCAAUCACUCGAGCCAAAUUUGAAAAAAUUAAUAUCGAUCUCUUUGAAGAGUGUGUGAAGACAGUAGAGGAGUGUCUUAGGGAUGCUAAAAUGAAUAAAAGCCGUGUGCAUGAUGUUGUUCUGGUGGGUGGUUCUUCCAGGAUUCCGAAAGUGCAGCAGCUGCUGCAAGACUUUUUCAAUGGGAAGAAUCUUUGCAAGAGUAUAAAUGCUGAUGAAGCUGUCGCUUAUGGUGCAGCUAUACAAGCUGCAAUGUUAAGUGAAGGUAUUAGCAAUGUUCCACCAUUGGUAUUAAAAGAUGUUACUCCGUUUUCCCUUGGCGUAUCAACAAAGGGAGAUAUCAUGAGUGUACUCAUCCCGAGGAACAAUACUAUUCCUGUAACGAAGAAACGGAGUUAUUGGACAUGCACAGAUGGCCAAUUGUCAAUCAAGAUUAAGGUUUAUGAGGGCGAGAGAGCAAAGGCAAGUGGUAAUAAUUUGUUGGGAUCUUUUUCUAUUUCUAUUUUUCCUCCAGCUCUCCGAGGCCAUCCUUUUGAUAUAACUUUUGCCUUAAAUGAAAAUGGCAUUUUAUCUGUUUCUGCUGAGGAUAAAGCAACCGGCAAUGAGAAAAAAAUUACGAUAACCAAUGAUAAAGGAAGGCUUUCAUCUGCAGAAAUUGAUAGAAUGAUUCAAGAAGCACGACAGUACAAGUCUGAAGAUGAAAAGUUUAUUAGGAAGGCGAAUGCAUUAAAUGAUUUAGAUCGUCGUGUUUACAGGAUCAGAAGUGCUUUGAACGAAGAGAAAAUCAACUCGAAGUUGAGCUCAAAAGAAAAGCAAGAUAUCAAUCUUACAAUUUGUAGAGCCACCGAAAUGCUUGAUUGUCUGAACCAGCAAGAUAUAGGUGCUAUUGGAGAAUGUCUGAAAGAACUUAAAACAAUCUUGGAUCGAAUUAUGGCCUUGUAGAAGGUUUGGUAGUUGUUUUCAGAUGAUGUUUUGUGUCACUGAUUUUUCAGACUUUUAUGUUUUGGCUGGUAUCAGCAAUAACUAGCAGAAUCUACUGGCUGACUGAACUAUUGAUUUUGCUUCAAAUGUUCUGAAAAAUCUCGUAGUUUGAUAUUUUUACUAUUA